CCUGGUGGGCUUUGGUGGGUCUCUGGGAUGUUUUGGUGUUCCUGGAGGGUUUGGGGGGUCCCUGGUGGAUUUUUUGUGUCCCUGAUGGGAUUUGGGGUUCCUCGGGGUCCCUGAUGGGUUUUGGGGAUCCCUGGUGGAUUUUUGCUGGGGCAUUUAGGGGUGCCUGGUGGGUUUGGGAUCCCUGACAUGUUUUGGAGUUCUGAGUGGUCCCUGGGGGGGGGUCUCUGUGGGGUUUUGGGGUCCCUGGGGGUGCUGACACCCCCUCCCGCAGGGGACGCCCUCUCCUACCACUCGGGCAGCCCCUUCUCGACACGGGACCGGGACCCCCGGGACCCUCGGGGCCCCCGAGAGCCCCCGGGGCACCCCCGGCCUCCCCACUGUGCCGUGGCCUAUGGAGGGGCCUGGUGGUACCGGAACUGCCACUAUGCCAACCUGAACGGGCGCUACGGGGCCACCCGGGACCACCAGGGCAUCCACUGGUUCCCCUGGAAAGGCUUCAACGUCUCCAUCCCCUUCACCGAGAUGAAGCUGCGGCCGCAGCGAGACUGAGGGGGCUGGGGGGGCCCCCUGGGUGCUGG